AUGGAGUUACGGAUACAGCAUCCUUUGAUUUUGGUCAUCAUCUUCUAUGCAUUAGCACAGAGCUCAUCUGCCACUGUGUCGUUCCCGUCAAUCCAAGCCAUCAUCGGCUUCUCCACGUCAUGUACGCUUGCCUACGACACCCCAGUUAAUGACUGCGAUGUCAAUGAUUUUCGAGGCCUAGGAGGAACGGGCACUUGUUCAACCGACUGUCAAUCGAAUCUGGAGGCGUCACAGAGAUUUGUCCAGCGGUUCUGUUCAGGGGAACAAGCAGAUGGGAAUUCUUUGAUCGGACAACUUUUCGUUGGGAACGUUGUGAACUUCCUGUGCGGGGACGACAAUGCUGCAAGCGCAACAACGUCGACGACAGCGCCGGGCACGACGCAGGCCUCUUCUUCUGCAGAGUCAUCAAUGAGCAUGGCAACAGACACAGUUCCACCAGGAGCGAGCACCACCGACACAUCCUCACUAGCUUCUACCCUCACAACUUCUCCGAGUCCGACCGGAUCUGCGAACAAGACCACGAGUAUUAGCACAAAUUCCAAGCAAUCGUCCUCCACCCCAACCUCAAUACCAACGUCUAUUCAAUCCGCGACUUCAGCUGUCACGUCGACCUCAUCUUCACAGAGUUCAAGCACUUCAUCAGCAGCUUCGUCGAGCAAGACGUCGAACACACAAGGUUCAGGCGGAGGCAGUGGCGGAGGCAGUCCCUUCGAUGGGGUUUUCUCUUCAGCAGCUUCG